AUGGAUUCUUUGACAAUCGUUGCGCUACUCUUGGCUGGGUGUCUCUCCGCGUCAACUUCGGAGCUGUUCACCACGGAGUGUUACACGGCUAACGGAGAAGACUACAGGGGCAAGCAGAACCACACGGGGCUACAGGGGGGAAAGCCAUGCCUGUUUUGGAACGAGACCUUCCAGCACCCGUACAACACCCUGAAGUACCCCAACGGAGAGGGAGGCCUGGGGAGCCACAACUUCUGCAGAAACCCAGAUGGCGAUGUCCAACCUUGGUGUUACAUCCAGGAUCAUGAUGAUGGAGUCUACUGGAAGUACUGUGACAUUCCCACCUGUCAAAUGCCUGGGAACCUGGGCUGUUUUAAAGAUAGUGGGGACCCCCCCACGCUUACUGGGACCAGUGAGACGUCCAAUAAAAUGACCAUCCAGAGCUGCAUCAGUUUCUGCAGGAAACAGAGAUACAAGCUGGCAGGAAUGGAGUCUGGCUACGCGUGUUUCUGUGGCAAUGACGUCGACUACCAUGACCAUGGUGAUGCCCCCAGCACGGAGUGCAACCACGUGUGUUUCGGUGACCACACGCAGCCGUGCGGCGGCGACGGGCGAGUCAUCAUAUUUGACACACGGGUGGGGGCAUGUGGAGGAAAUUACACCUCCCCCUCCGCUGUCGUUUACUCCCCGGACUUCCCGGACAAGUACGGGCCGGGCCGGGUGUGCUACUGGACCAUUCAGGUUCCGGGAGCUUCCGUCAUUCUCUUCAACUUCACCUUCUUCGACAUUGUGGACCAGACAGACAUGGUGGAGCUGCUGGACGGCUACACCAACCGGGUGGUGGCGCGUUUUGACGGCCGCAACCCGCCCCGCGAAAUCGUGAACGUCACGGUGGACUUUGUCAUCCUGUACUUCUACUCGGACCGGACCAAUCAGGCCCAAGGCUUUGCCGUCCUGUACCAAGCGCUGAGAGGCCAGAGCAACCGGCCGGUUGAGGACGAAGGCAAAGACGAGGACAGGGAGGACGACGAGGACACCAGCACCGCGGAGCCGCGGUCGGGAAGCACGACCGAAAAGUCCAACACCAGUCAGAACGGGAAGUCGUCCCAGAUCCUUUACGUAAUCACGUCCAGCCCGGGAAAACCGGACAACGGCAUGCCAGGUCAGUGGCUCGGGUCGAGCCGGACCGCUGGCCACAGCACUAUGUGGACUAUCUAUGCUUUGGCUGGAUUGCUUACACUCACAGUCAUCGCCAUGGUAGCCAAAUUUCUCCUACACAUCACUGUCAAAUCUCCCAGUAUUCCCUCCAUCAGUGGGUCGGAAGCGUGCAGCCAAAACGCAACUCCUGAACCCUGGAUAAUCUUCUACAGGCCUUCGACCAUCUCUCUUUUCAAGAAGAAGUUAAAGAAUCACCAUGGCGACCUCAGCCCUCUGGUUGGAAACUAAUGGACAAGGCCCUGCCUUCCGCAGGGACGCUACACACAGGCACUGCCAUCCAGCUGCUACAAGAGCACGGAGGAGGGCGCUGAGAGUGAGCUGACUAAUCUCUGACUUACUGUGACUUGACUGGCGCAGGAAUCGGCCAAUCAGUUUGGAACAGUUCAGGUUGAGGUUAAGACUUGAGAUGGACAGCAUCAAGUUGGACAUCACUUGACUCCUUGUUCGAUUAGUGUUUCAGUCCUUCUUUGAGGGUAUGUCAGAUGUAUUCUGAGGCAAAAGCUAGUUUGGGACGAACUCAAGAAAACAGACUUUUUCCUCUGCUGACGCACCAGAACAGUCUACAAACAGCUGCCAAAGCAACACUGACCAAUCACCACUGUCAAAAAAAAAAAAAAAAAAAAAACAAUCCCAGGUUCUGGACCAAACCUUCUCCAGGUGCUGUUAAAGGUAUCUCACAGGAUGCAGUGUUGAGCGCUUAAAAACCAGGACCUUAAAAGGGAAAUGUCAUCCCAUGUGGACACUGCAACACUAAACCACUUACAUAAUAGUCUAAAGGGUACACUGUACAAUCAACCCUUUUGGAGGAGAGAAACUCCAGUUUGUUUCAAAUGCAUUUUCAGUCUGUAUGUAGGUCACCUCUUGUGUCAUUGGCUAAAUACCUUAUUCCCAGGCUGGCACACCUAACAGUACCAACAGCUAAAAGGGACACGGGAUUUGUAAUAGAGAAUCUGAUUUGGAUCUCAUUGGACUCUGAAAGAGGAAGAGAAAAAGACAAAUGAAAAGGGAAAAGACUUUUGAGGGUAAACGAAUACACUUUGUUUUUUUUGUGUGUGUGUGUGUGUGUGUGUGUGUUUGUGUGUGUUUUUUUUCCAGAUGAUCAAGGCUCUGCCUUUGUCACGGGUCAAACAGGACUCUAGAUGACUGACGUUUACAGAUCCCUUUGGACACUCUGCCUUUGUUUAAUUGUUUUGGGAGGGUAUUUUUUCAGUCUGAUGUGGGUUCUAAUCUUUCCAUUUUGACGGUGUUUAAGUGCCUUAAGGUUUUACAAGGCCAGGCCGGCUUUUCUUUCUAGAGAGCUCUCCUCUCUGUCCCUAACUCCAUACUCACAUAUGUGUGUGUGUGUGUGCGUGUGCGUGUGUGGAGUGUUUUAUUAGGGCAGUUUUCCUUUAUGGGCUUAGAUAAAUCUCAUAUUUGGAUGUGCACAUUGUUCUUGUUAGAUUUGCAAUUCCAGUACAGGGGGCACUGUGUUAUACGUUGUGUAAUUCAGUGCAGGGAGUGACAGUAAAUAUCAAAUUUUUCUGCUUUUUUUUUCUUUUCGUGUACCGUCAAAGAGAUGGUGAAAUUCUUUCCCAACAAUCUGCUCUUUCUCCUUCUCUGCAACUUAGCCAAGACAUCGAAGCACUUUCUAUUCAGCACAAAGGUUUUUUUUUUUCUUUUUCGGAUUCCUGUGACAAUUGGUCAUUUCUUUCACAGUGCGUACAACAAGGCGUGAUUUACCAAAGCUGUGACCUUGUGUGAAAGCAGGAUCGCAGUGUUUGAUUGGUCAGAGUGUUUUUACUUAUUCUUAUUAUUGAUCAUGGAACCAGAUUUUGACUCACGGUAAAUCCAGCCCCUUGGAUGCAAGGAACAUUUGCUCAAACAUACAGCGUUGUGACAUUGUUACAUUACAUUACACUGUUACAGAUGCAUUGCAUCUUAACAGACCACACUGUUACAGAUUAGAAGCCCUCAGGUUCUAGAACCCUCUGUUUCAAACUCACAGCACUGUGUUAAGUAAGCACACAUCUUACGGCCAGUUUGCAGCUAAACCACUUUGCACUUGGACCCCACUCACAGAUUGUCCCCAACAUGUAGUGUGUCAAAGCAAUUACUAUCCAUUUGUCAAAUGUCCUUAAAACAUCAGUUAAAUGCUUUAUGGCAGUGAAAGAAAAAGUCUCAGAUGAGGCACUUAAAUUUGUGUUUGGGUUUCUUUUAAGUUGUACUCACCCCAGUUGUACUCCUAUGUGGAACACGUUGUUCAUUAAAAUUUAUGAAUGAAAGUGAGGUCUGUGCAAAUAUGAACCUUAAUGAAUUUACAAAGGGAAGAAACUUCCAGAAUCCGGUUGAACAUCAGUAGCGAAAUUUCUCACAUUUGAAUUCUGUCUGCCUUUUAAUGUCCGGCAAAAAAACCCCAAAACAUUGCCUGGAGUUUGUGUGAAUGGCCUAACGCUGUACUUUGGCAGCUCGGCUCAAAUUCAUGUUAAUUAUUGUAUGAAUACGUGCCCAAGGGUCUCUGAUGCUCCCAACUCUUCAUGCAUACAAAAAAAAAAAAACGCUCUCUUCCAGACAGAGCUGCCGCAGAGGGAAAGAAGAAAGAAAGAAAAAAAAAUCCUGCCUGUCAAAUCGCGGGGAAACAAAUCAAGUCUGACAGCUUAAAAUCUAACAAGGUCAAAUCUGUUUGGAGAACAUGGUGAAUAAUGCAGAUGCAGGGUUUCCACUUUGAGUGGAAGCCAGGCUGAGAGAGUGGCGUAAUACUCUGUUAGCAGCAGCAGGAAAAAAACAGGCAGUGGUAUUAUGCAUUUGUGGUUUGACAGAAUGUUACCGGGAUUUCCUUUUGCAAAAACAAGGCGAGAAACUAUAGGAAUUGGGGAGAAAGUGCUUCUGAAACAGUGAGAGAGAGAGACAGC